ACCCCUGGAGCCACGAGCUCAAAUCCAGAGUGUACUGAGAGACUCCAGCCAGGUCUCCUAAGCAAACAAACUGGCCCGAUUGCUAGGGAGGGUAGAGUCACAUGGGGUAACCUCCUCGUGGCCGCGAUUAGUGGUUCUUGGCUCUCAAUGGGGCACGUGGUAAGUUGUGCAUGGAACGCGGAGAGCAGCAUGAGCCUCCAGUGCUGUGAGUCUCUGUGGAAUCAUGCACAAUGAGCCAUGUGAUAAGAUGCGCGGAUUGACGUCUCAGAAGUGGAGGAAACUGAGACUUGUCCUCCGCCACCCGGAUUGAGACUUUGCAAUUGAGCUGAGUGCUCCAGAGUGAAGCUUGGAGGCCACAGUGACAUCUUGUUGUUGACAAAAGAAAAUGUGACUGGCUGUUGUCUCCACCAAGGGAAGAAGACAUCAAACCCAAGUCAAACUGGAGUGACGUCACACCAAAACUGAUACUAAAGUGACAAAGAAAAUAUCUGGACAUCUCUCAAACCGACACAUUUGCUGUCUAACAAAGUCUUCAGUAUGCCUCUGUACACUCAUGCCUUGGCAUGUGCUUUUGGUCUGGGCUCCUGGGUGUCCAUUAAUGGCUUGUGGGUGGAGCUUCCAAUGAUUGUCAAUAUUCUGCUGGAGGGCUGGGACUUACCCUCUUACCUCACAGUCAUCAUUCAGCUUGCCAACCUCGGCCCUCUGCUGGUCACCCUGGCACACAAAUUCUGUCCAGGGCGUCUACGUGAAAAUCUGGUUAUCUACACAGUCCUGUUAAUCGGUGUUGUAGCCUGUGUUCUACUGGCUUUGUUUUGGAAGAACACCACAGUGCUCCUCGGUCAACGACGUAGCACAGCAUUCUUUAUCCUGACAUUUUUUCUCGCAUCAGUCGAUUGCACCUCCUCUGUGACCUUCCUGCCAUUUAUGAUGCAACUUCCAGCCAAAUACAUCACCACAUACUUCAUCGGAGAAGGGCUGAGUGGCCUGGUUCCAGGCCUAGUGGCACUGGCGCAAGGGGUCGGGAUGUCAAAAUGUGUCAACGUGUCACAUACAUCAGAUAACCUUACAGAUCCUGGAGACACAACCUAUGUAGUGGAGACACAGUAUCUCCCUCCCAAUUUCUCCACAGAGAUCUUUUUCUUCUUCCUGGCUGUAAUGACUGCAAUAAGUCUGGGUGCCUUCUUCAUACUAAAUCGUGUGCCUCGCACCUUUGAACUCUCCACUGAGAAUCUUGUUCCAGGCUUAGAUGCUGUGGCAACAGUCUGCAGGGGCUUGGAAGACCCAACAGGUCCAGAGAAAGAUGAAAAGAAGCAGACCAAAGUGCCAAUCCUUGCACCACUGCACACUGGCUACCAGCUCACGUUCAUCUAUUUCAUGGUGGUGUGGGUGAAUGGUGCAACAAAUGGACUGCUGCCAUCUGUGCAGACAUUCUCCUGUAUGCCCUAUGGAAAUAUGGCCUAUCACCUGUCAGCUGCUUUGUCGUCAGUGGCCAAUCCAGUAGCAUGCAUCAUUGCCAUGUUUUUCCCUAAACGCUCAUUAGUAUUUCUGGGUUUCAUGUGUCUGCUGGGCUCUGGUUUUGGAGGCUACAAUAUGGCCAUGGCUGCCAUGAGUCCUUGCCCGUUACUCCAAGAUACACCUGUAGGGGAUGCUAUUAUAGUUUUGUCGUGGGUGUUCUUCACUGGACUGCUGUCCUAUGUAAAGGUGAUGGUGGGUGUGAUUCUGAGGGACCGGAGUCACAGUGCACUCGUGUGGUGUGGAGCAGCAGCGCAAGCAGGCUCCUUGUUGGGCUCCGUCAUUAUGUUUCCUCUGAUCAACAUCUAUCACCUCUUCCAGUCAGGGGAUAUCUGCAAUACAGUAUGCCCAUUAUCAUGAGAGUUUCUACAGCAUUCAUGUGUGGUGUGAAGGACUCAUAGGGGAAUAAUCUACUCACACUUUUGCUGAGCGCAAAGAGCUAAUAACUCACUGUAGACAAGAUGAAACUAUUUUUCAAAAGUGCAUCAAAGUGUGCCAGGCCAUCCUGAGAAUAAUGACAAUAUAUGCGGCACUGAUGUAUGAAACGUGCCUGUAUUGUGUUUCGAUGCUCUUCCCUGUCAUUUUAUGCUACCAUGAAUUCACCAUUUUUAUAUUUUUGUAUUAUUGUGGAUUAUUAUUUAUGGUGUUUUGACAUCUAAAUAGCUAGAAACAUUUCACUGGCACAAAUAUUUUUGGAUCAUUCUGGACCAUAUUUUCAUCAAAUCAGCAAUAAAAUCUGACAACAAUGGUAUCAUAAA